UUGUUGAGAAAGUGAAGCAAGAAAAUGGGUGCAUAGUAAGAGAGAGAAACAAAAACAACAUUUAAGAGAGAGAAAGUGGGUUUUUGUGUGGCCACUCUGGAGACAUGAAAACCAACUCUUACUUAUUUCAUUUUAGUUUAUAUGUUCUCUGAAAUCUUCUUCUUCUUCUAAUGAUUUUCCAUUAAAAUACAAAAAAAAAACAAUUUUUUUAGUUCUUGUUAUCUUAGUGUGAUCCCAAAUUUGUUCAGUUUGUUGUUUCUGACAAUGUUGGAACUAUGCCAUUCACUAUUCUGUAACUGACACUUUGAGCAACACACCUUCUCUUUUUUUGUUACUUUUAGCACCCCCACCCUCUUUAUCAUGGCUUCUAAAUCCAGAUCUAGUUUAUCUGAAACAUCAAACAAAGCAUCAUCACCAGCUACUCCAAACAAAGCACCUCCAUCAACUCUCAACAAAGCACCACCAGCAACUCCAAACAAAACAUCACCUGCAACUCCUAGAGUUAGUAAACUCGGCCGAGGAGUGACCAAACCAGAAUCUGAGUCGCCUUCGCCUUUGCAAACUUCGCGCCUUUCUGCGGAAAAAUCAUCGCCGCGGUCUUUGAAUUCAAAGCCAGUUGUCGAGAGGAAAUCGCCAAGACCGACCACACCAGCUGAUAAGCCAAUACCAAGAGUUGCAAAGAGUUCAGAAUUGCAGACACAGUUAAAUGUUGCUCAAGAAGAUCUAAAGAAAGCAAAGGAACAGCUGAUUCAUGCUGAGGAAGAGAAGGAAAAGGCAAUAGAUGAGCUUAAAGAAGCACAGCGAGUGGCUGAGGAAGCCAAUGAGAAACUUAGGGAGGCAAUGGUGGCUCAAAAGCGUGCUGAGGAUGACUCUGAGAUUGAGAAAUUCCGAGCUGUUGAGCUGGAACAGGCUGGAAUUGAAGCUGUUCAGAAGAAGGAAGAGGAAUGGCAGAAAGAUCUUGAAAGUGUGAGGAACCAGCACGCUUUGGAUGUGGCCGCUCUUCUCACCACCACUCAGGAGCUUCAGCGAGUUAAGCACGAACUUGUCAUGACUUGCGAUGCAAAGAACCAGGCACUCAGUCAUGCUGAUGAUGCAACUAAAAUUGCCGAGCUUCAUGUUGAGAAAGCGGAGAUUCUUUCAGCUGAACUGAUACGAUUGAAGGGCUUAUUAGAUUCGAAGCUGGAAACCGAGGCUAAUGAAAGCAAGAUUGUGUUGGAGCUGCAAAUGGAGAUAGAAGCUCUUAAGCAAGAACUUGAAAAGGCAAAGGGUUACAAAGAAGAGUUGGCAGAGAAAGAGACUUAUAUUGAACAGCUUAAUGUGGACUUUGAAGCUGCUAAGAUGGCCGAAUCUUAUGCGCAUAGUGUGCUAGACGAGUGCAGAAGAAUGGUUGAGGAACUAGAAACAAAGGUUGAAGAAGCAAAUAAGUUAGAAAGAUCUGUGUCAUUCUCCUUGGAUUCUGUGACAAAACAGCUAGAAGGAAAAAACGAACUGUUGCAUGAUGCAGAAUCUGAAAUUUCAAGUCUUAAAGAGAAAGUGGGAAUGUUGGAAAUGACAAUUGGGAAGCAAAGAGAAGAUCUUGAGGAUUCGGAGCGUUGUCUUCUUGCGGCUAAGGAAGAAAGUCUCGAAAUGUCAAAGAAGAUCGAAUCUCUUGAAUCUGAAAUUGAGACCGUUAACAAAGAGAAAGCGCAGGCGUUGAACAAUGAAAAAGUUUCAGCUUCAAGUGUGCAAACUCUAUUAGAAGAGAAAAACAAACUUACCAAUGAAUUGGAGAUUUGUAGAGACGAAGAAGAGAAGACCAAAACGGCAAUGGACAGCUUAGCUUCGGCAUUACAUGAAGUAUCUGCGGAAGCUAGAGAGGCCAAAGAGAAGCUAUUAGCCAACCAAGCUGAACAUGAAAGCUAUAAGACUCAGAUUCAAGACUUAAAGGUAGUCUUCGAAACUAGUAAAGAAAAAUACGAGUCCAUGCUUAAUGAUUCACAUCACGAGAUUGAGGUUCUUACAAGUAGUAUUGACAAUUCUAAGAUGGAAAUUGAGAACUCCAAGGUAGAAUGGGAGCAGAAAGAACAUCAUCUUGUCAGCUGCUUAAAGAAAACCGAAGAAGAAAACUCGUCUCUUGGAAACGAAAUAAAUAGGUUGAUUUCUUUAUUGAAAGAAACCGAGGAAGAAGCCAGUGCGAAAAGAGAGGAAGAAGCUCAAUUGAAGGAAAAUAUGAAGGAAGUUGAGGCCGAGGUGAUCAACCUGCAGGAAGCGCUUAAAGAAGCACAGGCCGAGAACAUGAAGUUAAAGGAGAGUUUAUUAGAUAAAGAAAACGAGUUUCAGAAUAUUUUUCAAGAAAAUGAGGAGCUUCGAUCUAGAGAAUUCACGUCCAUUAAGAAGGUGGAGGAGUUAUCUAAGUCGCUCGAAGAAGCUACAACGCGUAAUGGGAGCAAGGAAAAUGAGGAUCUAACCGAUAGUGAGAAGGACUAUGAUUUGCUUCCUAAAGUAGUCGAAUUCUCCGAAGAGAAUGGACACGGAGGAGAAGUUGUAUCCAAGGGCGAGCUUUCGGUUUCAGCCAAUGAAGAAGGACUUCAACAAAGCUUACCAGAAGAAAACAUUCUCUUGAAUGACAAGUUUGAAAAAACAGAAUCUCCGAAACCCGAGAGUGUGAAUGGAGAAAAGGAAAAAGAAGAUUCUGUUGAAUUGAAAAUGUGGGAGAGUUGCAAGAUAGAGAAAAAGGAGUUUUCACCAGAGAAAGGAGCAGAGGCAGAAGCAGAAUCCUUUGAAGAGGAAGUUGAAUCAAAGAUAGGAGAAGGUGACAAAACAAAUGGAGCAUCUUUGACAGAGAACAUUGAUGAUAGUGGAAGCUCACCAACAAAGCAACUAGUGAAAAAAAAGAAGAAAGCUUUGCUUGGCAAAUUUGGAAGCCUUCUCAAGAAAAAGAGUGGUAGCAACCACAAAUAGAACAACAAUACUAUACUUUGCUUUUGCAAUGGCAGGUAUAUUAUUUUCCACAUUAAAGUGUUUGCAUGUAUUUGUUUUGUUAUGAUUUUUGCUUCUUGGAAUAGCUUUUUGAAGAAUGAAGAGGCUUGUAAUAUUGUUUAGGAUUCUUCUCUAAUCACUUUUCUUUUGGGUUGCAUGUUUUGCAGUGAAUUGUAUGUGAUGAUGGAAUUUUAUUUUUUUCCCCACUUUAUUAUGCUUUUGUCCAUUGCCAUUGCCACCUCUUAAUAUAGAUUUGACAAAAAGAAGUGGCAAGUUGAAUUGUAUUUUAUGUUAUCCUAAUUCUAAUGGAAGUUUAGAAUAUAGUACUACAAA